AUGCACAUUGGAUGUUUAAAGCUCAUAUCGGUCGACCUCACUCAUUCACGGUUGAUGACCCUUGACCUUGGUCUGGUAACAAAUCUUGAGAUUUUGAUUCUUGCUGGAUGCCAUAAUUUGGUAGAACUUCACAUGCCCCGUAGAUGUAUAAAUCUAAUAUCCCUACAACUCAGUAAUUCAAAGUUGAGGACUCUUAACAUUGGGUUGACUCCAAAUGUCGAGUUUUUAGAUCUUAAUAAUUGUUACUGUUUAGAAGAAUUUUACAUGGCCGGUGAAUGUCAAAAGCUCACCAAACUCGACAUUAGUCAUUCAAAGUUGAGGACCCUUGACAUCGGGCUGACUCCAAAUCUUGAGUAUCUAAAUCUUGAAAAUUGUUACUAUUUAGAAGAAAUUCACAUGGCUGGUGAAUGUCCAAAGCUUACCAACCUCAACAUAAGCCAUUCAAAGUUGAGGACCCUUGACCUUGGUCUGACUCCAAAGCUGGAGACGCUAGAUCUUAAAGAAUGUUAUAAUCUGGUAGAAGUUCACACUUCUAUUGGAUGUCUAAAAAAGCUUGUCCACUUAGACUUAAAUGGUUGUUUGAGGUUUAAAUCUUUUGUGUUUAACAUAAAGGAUCAUACUUCUUGUGCUCUGGAUGAAUCACUUCCUUUAGCUGACUUACAUCUUAUUGCGGAGUCCCAAAGAAAAUGCCCAUUUCACCCCAGCAGUAAUCUCCCCAAGAUCCGGUUUAGUUGUUUAUAUAAACAAGACCGACAUUCGUUGACUAGGAAUGCUGAGAUGCUUAUUUCUAUAGGUAUGUGUGUUUGCACAAACCUUGAGACAUUUUCAGAUUGUAUUUGUGGGUUACAACGUUUAAGGAAGCUUAAAAUGGAAGGCAAAUUUCUAGAGGUACCCAAGGACCUUGACCAGUUAGAAUGUCUACAGGAACUAACUUUCAGGUCUACAAAGGCCACCCAUCUUCCGGAUAGUAUUUGUAUGUUGAAACAUCUUAAGUCUCUUGAACCUAUUUCUUGUUCGUUGCUUGAGAAGUUAACAGAGGAUCUUGGGCGAUUAGAAUGUUUAGAGAAGCUAGAAUCAUCAUAUACCAAGAUUAAAUAUCUUCCGGAUAGCAUAUGUAUGUUGAAACGUCUGAAAUCUCUCAAGAUUAAACAUCUUCCGGAUGGCAUUUGUAUGUUGAAACAUCUGAAAUAUCUUAAACUUUAUGAUUGUUCACGGCUUGAGAAGUUGCCACAUAAUCUUGGCCAGUUAGAAUGUUUAGAGAACCUAACCCUAAGUAAAUGUAAAUGUAUACAAGAUAUGCCAAAUAGCAUCCUUAAGAUAAAAUGUCUUAAACAUAUACACCUCCAGCAUUGUAUUCGAGUUGAGAAAUUGCCUGAGGAACUUGGAAGGUUAGAAUGUUUAAAAAGUCAUCUGGUUUUAAAUCAGAGAUCCGGAAUCAAAAACAGAACACGUCAUGCUAUGUGGUGGUGGGAUGAUUUUGAGAAGCUCGAAAGAACAGUUAAAGCCAGUUCACAAAAAAUUAUUGUAACAGAGGUUAUCAAGAAGAGACAUCCUUGUGUUUCUGGAACUGCUGCCAUCUGUGGCUUAAUUUUUGCUGGUGUUAAUGUUGAAAACAAAAAAGGAGAUAAUUCCGAUGCCAUUGUUCCUGGACUUAUGGCUGCUGGAGAAGCAGCAUGUGCCUCUGUUCAUGGUGCUAAUCGUCUUGGAGCAAAUUCUCUUCUUGACAUUGUUGUGUUUGGUAGAGCUUGUGCAAACAGAGUUGCAGAGAUCCAUAAGCCAGGUUGUGAUCUGAUUGACAAAGCAUGGGAGAGUUAUCAUGAUGUCAAAUUGAAAGUUAGAAGCUUGAUAUGGAACUCGGACUUGCUAGAGACAAUAGAGUUGGAGAACCUUUUGAUCAAUGCAUGCAUCACCAUGCAUUCAGCUGAAGCCAGGAAAGAGAGUAGAGGAGCUCAUGCUCGUGAAGAUUUCACGAAAAGAGAUGAUGAGAAAUGGAUGAAACACACACUCGGGUAA